GAUACACAACAGAGCUGUAAACUUCAUGUGGCUCAUGUUACCAUAUAACUUUAUGCCCAAAAAGUGUUUUUCCACUUCAUAGUUUUGUACUGAUGAGAGAGAUGCAUACCUCUAAGAGAGUUAUAAACAGCUGUUAGCAUAAAUUGUCCACAGAAAUACCCUUACUUAUAUAACUUGAAGGAUUUUGUGUAUAUUUCUUUAUGCGUAAUCUAUGUCUGAUGUGUUACGUUGCAACUGUGCCCUGAUGUUAUCAACUAUCCAAAUGGCCCAUACAGUUACCCCUCAGGUCAUUAUUAGGUCACAUUCUCGUAGGUUCUCCGGGGGUGUGAUUGUCACCUCAGAGAUCAAAGUCUCCAUGGGGUGCCAUUGUAAGAUGUAUAAAGGUCUGCUCACGCAGGCAGAUCUUUGGGUUAAGAAUGUAGAAGGUUGACAUGACAACAUCGCUCCUGAAGAACUAUGCUACAUAAGAACCUUCAUUAAAUCUCUUUUCCCCACAUGCACUUGGUCCUGCUUAUUAUUUUACGUAUUAGAUACAUUCUAAUGCGUUGGCGAGCCAUGAAAGACUGAGCAGCCAAAUUCAAGAAAAUCUAACAAUUUGGCGGAGCCAGCCAGGAGAGACAGAUAAGAAGAGCACUCAUCACUGCAACAAGACGAGAACUGAAGAAUUUUGAAGAUUCUAGCUUCUGAAGAUUAUUGAAGACAAAUCGACUAUGUUUGUGGAAUUUGUUUGUGGAAGCAACUACCUUAAUGACUUUGUCUUAAAAAAAUCUUCAAUUGGUGAGUGAAACUUAUCAGCUCUCUUAAAGAACUACUUAAGACAUUAAGCAGACCAAUGUUCAUGGUGUAGCAUUGUUAAUAAUUUUAAGCUUGGUCCUUUUUCUGGAGUUUGUAGAAAUUGUUAAACAAUUUAGUCCAUUCAUCUAGAGAUUGUAGAAGUAUAAGCUUGGUCCUUUCUCUAAAUGUCUGUAGGAAUUGUUAAGAAACAAUUUAGUCCGUUCAUAUAGAGAUUGCAGAAGAAGAAGCUUGGUGCUUUCUCUAAAUGUCUGUAGGAAUUGUUAAGAAACAAUUUAGUCCGUUCAACUAGAGAUUGUAGAAGUAGAAGCUUGGUCCUUUCUCUAAAUGUCUGUAGGAAUUGUUAAAGAACAAUUUAGUCCAUUCAUCCAGAAACUGUAGAAGUCACAGAAAUAGUUUGGGACUGAUAUUGCUGCAAGAUUUUAGGAUUCUUGACUGGGUGCUAAUCAGUAGCCACUAUUUGGUUAGAUUCUAACAAGGUUAGAAAAAGAUGGUCUAGAACCAAAAUUAUGGAACUUUAAGUCUAUUUGCCUUCCAUUGAAAGAUAUGGAAAGUUCCGAGUGAAAAAUAGAAAAAUAAGAACUGUAAUUGAGCAUUCUGAAGGAGGAUUCAGAAAGAAUUUAAGAUUUUAAACUGUAAAGUCUAAUGUUUAUUGGUGUGCAAACUGUAGAUGCAUUUUAUUCUUAAUUGUUGUAUUAAGAACAAAACAAUAAGUUAGCGCAAACUAAUUAUUGUUAUUAAGAGUACAUUUAAUGUAUGUUUGACUGGGUUUGUCUGUAUACUCUAAAUGGUCAGUCUGAAUAAGCACCUUUAACAGAUCUAACACCUUUUGUUUUGUUUUCACACCUCUGAGGGCACUUCUCCUGUACUGGCCAUGGCUGAGUCUAUUAUGAAAAACAAUGGUUGUGGAUCUUACCCGAGACCAACUACAGAAAGGCAUGGAACAGAACCUCCAAAUGUAACCAUUGAUCAGAUGAUGGAAAAUCUGAAUGCAUAUUUGGACAAAAGACUGGAGAUAAGGACAUGCCAUGAUGAAAUCUGUAGGAAAUACAGUAUCAAGCACUCAGAGAGUGGACAAUGGGCUUUGCCGGACAUCAAAAGGGCUUUUGGAAAGACACAGCGCUUAAGGAGAAACACCAGGAAAGAUGGAUGGUCUGUGAUUUUGCUCAAACAAAUUCAACAUCACCUGCAAAAGUGUGAGAUGGACAAACUACAAUGUGAGAUUGAAGCUGAGAAGGCUAAGGUUCGAGGAUUAUCUGAACGACUGCAAAAUGAAAAAAGAGACAAAGAGAAACUGUUAAACCAGAAUGAGAUUUUGCUAAAUUUGAUUUCAAAACAAAUUGAAUCAAAAGACUGUUUUAUAACAAGGACAUCAACUAAAGAAACUAGCAGCUGCAACAAGCAAGUCACUGAACAACAAGUUACUGAAAAUCAACAACGAAUGGCUCUGCUGAGAGAGCUACCACAUGAUCACUGUGAAAACUGUGAUUUAGAUAGAGAGGCUAAAUCACCUAUUCACACCUAUGUCCCAAAGAGCAGAUCUACAGUCAGACUCGCUCCUGUUAUUGUCAAAAACAGAAGGACUGAAAUUGAAGUUGAAAAUCAGGAGGAGUAUGAGGAGAAUGGAGGGAGACAAACUCGGACUGUGACAAAAAUGGUGAAGAAAUAUGUUCCACAUAGAACAUACCAGCCAGCAACACCUGAGCAGAUUGACAAAUGGUCAAGGGAACUGCCCGAUGUAUACAAGCAUCCACGGAAGGUUUGGCAAGUUCUACAAAGACUGCACAAAAUCUACACACUACAUCCAUUAGAUGGAGUAGUCAUUCUCAAUGUCAAUUUGAGGGACAGUGACCAAAACAAGCUAACUGAAAGUGUCAGCAUCAAAGUUGGUGAGUCUCAAGAGAACAUUGAAGCUGGAUGGGAAGCCGUAAAGACAUUCUUAUUUGAAUUAAAACCUGCAGAGAUUAAUUGGGGUAAAAUUACAUCUUGCAUGCAGAAGACAGGGGAAAGCGUCACAGAGUUUGAAGAUCGCUUCAAACAAACCUGGCUAGAACAUGCUGGUUUGAAUGACAGUGAGGAGUUUGACAAGGACACUGGUAUACCUUUAAAAACUGCUUUUGUAAAUGGACUGAAACCCGAGAUCUCUAAAGCUCUGAAAAUUCGUUAUGAUGACUGGGACAGCAUUGGGAUUGCUUUUAAUCAGCUGGUUGAAUGGUCAACAAAGAUUGACAGAACACAAGAUGUCCAGCUGAGAGCCUUACAAACAAAAUCUGUGAAGAGCAACAAGAGAGUGAAACAACACAAACACACAAGUGCAAACACCAAGCAUGGAAGAUGCAGGUAUUGCAACAAGGAAGGACACUGGAUUCGAGAUUGCAGCCUGAAAUUAAGACACCAGAAUGUUGAUGAGGACCAACUGGAUAGAAGAUUUCAGCAGCUGACAGUAGAACAAAAACAAACUCUACUAAAUGCUGUUGAGUGGCAGGGAAACUAAAGAACCCCUCUCUACAGCACCAGCAAGUGACAUUUCAUCCAAGACCAGAUGGAGUUUUUAAAACAGAAGGAUACAGAGAAAACUCAACAAUAGAAGCAAAAGGUGAUGUCCUAGCAGAUGAUGCUGUUAGUCAAGCCGUGAAGGGAGAGGGGUGCACAAGCGGCAUUAAGGAAUUUCAAACAAGAAGGACACUUGACUUUAGACAUUAAGCAAGUUGAAGAUGACGUCUCCUGAGAACAAAUGUUGUUGAUGAAAGGUUCAGCAAAACAGAGGGACGAUAAGCAAGACCGCAAUUAUGCCCAUAAGAAACCUGGAUUAAGCCCUUUAAAAAAUGUCACAGGCAGGCCCAUGCCCAUACUCGGAACUGAAGACAUGCUUAAAGCUCAUAUGAAUGACAGCCAAGUCCUGAACGACCCUGAACAACUCAGCCUGGCAGUACAGGAUCCUGAAGAGCAAGUUCUUAAUGUGUGCCAUUGCGAGUUAAUUAGUCUGCCUAGAGAUGAGGGAUAGAUGGCAGUAGUGUUUAUUAGAGUCCAUAUAUUGCGGGACUAGAGUUUUUAGGCUCUAGCAUGUCGUCUGAGGAUGAAGAGGUACACAUACCACCACUGGUAAACACUGUAGUGUCCUGCCAACAUUAAAUAGGGACAGUUUUAGUUAGAAGUUGUUUGUGAAUAAUCUGUUUUCUUUGGCAAGAUACGUUUCCCUUUUCUCUUGUGUGUGAUUGCAGGUGUUCCGGUGUUUCAGUGUUCCAGAGAAUAAGCAAAGACCUCUGAUGUUUGGCACCUUCACCAUAUUGCACCAACCACCAAGCAGAAACCUGGGAAGAUCCACAGAACACAUCCACGUCCGCCAUUUCCACAUUACUCUGACUUGCAGGACUCCACAGAGUACAAGAAGACCAAAACACAACCACAUCCGCCAAGUCCACAUGAUUACAACUUUAACAUGAAAUUCUAAAAAGGACUCAUGCAUUUUCACAAAGAAAUGCAGUUAUUUUCACAUUGAAACCUUUUUCAGUGAUCACAAGCAAGAACCUGUAUACUGAAUGUGUAUGAUUGACAAAAUCUUUCAUUUUAUUUUUUGUGUGAUCAAAUAUGAUCAAAUGGGGGAUUGAAGGAUUUUGUGUAUAUUUCUUUAUGCGUAAUCUAUGUCUGAUGUGUUACGUUGCAACUGUGCCCUGAUGUUAUCAACUAUCCAAAUGGCCCAUACAGUUACCCCUCAGGUCAUUAUUAGGUCACAUUCUCGUAGGUUCUCCGGGGGUGUGAUUGUCACCUCAGAGAUCAAAGUCUCCAUGGGGUGCCAUUGUAAGAUGUAUAAAGGUCUGCUCACGCAGGCAGAUCUUUGGGUUAAGAAUGUAGAAGGUUGACACGACAACAUCGCUCCUGAAGAACUAUGCUACAUAAGAACCUUCAUUAAAUCUCUUUUCCCCACAUGCACUUGGUCCUGCUUAUUAUUUUACGUAUUAGAUACAUUCUAAUGCGUUGGCGAGCCAUGAAAGACUGAGCAGCCAAAUUCAAGAAAAUCUAACAAACUGAUGGGUAAAUGUCACUGAUAAGUUACAUUCAUAUACUAUCUUGUACAUAAACUUAAUCUCAGAUAAACAUCUUGCAGCAAUUAAUAUAAAAAGCUGUUUUCAGAUGCCCAUCCCCUUAUCGUCUAGCUUCUGUUUUAAACGUGUUUCUGUUAGCGCGU